CCUAUCAGGUAAUUCCGAUUGACUUGGUUUUAGUGUCAUGAGAUGCAGCGUCGAAAAAUACUUUAAUACGUGGUUUUUAAAUGAUUCUGUUAGCUUGUUUUAGUUUAAAAUGCACAUGAUAGACUAAGGACACACUGGAAUUAAUAGGGAUAUGGUUGAUAACAUAAAAUUAUUCAUGUAGAAAGUCGGAAAUUCAGUAAAACUAAAGACAACGAUUAGCGGACAAUGAGUUGAAAUUAAAAACCACUCACAUAUCUUCUCUUAAGUGCAAUGGAUUUGAAGGAUUCCGUCUUUUCCUUAUAAUGGCUACCUCAAAUCGAUUUUUUUUCCAUCGUUUUUCCUCUCCGAAAAAAAUAAUUCUAUCGACGAAAUUAUUCACUGCCACUUGAAAAUAAACUUUUUAAUUGACUGAAAAUAUUUGAUACUUAUCAAAUUUUUGACAUCUAUAAACCGAGUUUAUCAAGAGGACUAUUCACAAUAGAUCUGAAAUUUAUAUCAAGGACCCAGUUUACCAAAAAUAUUGAUAGUCGAUCACGGUGAAGAAGAAUCCGACCGCAUUUCUUUGGAUCUCUCUAAGAGAUCCUUGAAAAAAGUACCCAAACAAGAAGAUGCACAAAAUGUACGCAUUCUUAUCCUGGAUGAAAAUGAACUACAAAAAAUCGAUAAUAUCGAUUCAUAUCUUAAGAUUGAAAGUUUAUCAUUGAGUAAAAAUCAACUGCUACGAAUGUACGGUGUAUGUCGUUUGCAUUGUUUGCGUGAACUAAAUUUAUCCUUCAAUGGGAUAUUAACAAUUGAAGGCUUAAAGGAACUCGUCCAUUUACGACAUUUGAAUCUCGAAGGCAAUAAUAUUAAAACGAUUGAACAUUUAAAUACUAACAUAAAAUUAGAAUAUUUAAAUUUAUCGGAAAAUAGUAUUGGAAGCAUUUCAGAUAUAUCGUUUUUAAAAUGUCUGAAAGAAUUGUAUCUUCAUGGAAACCGCCUAACUCAUCUCCGUCAGUGCGAUAAAUACUUACCAACAUCCAUUGAAGUUCUAUCACUCGCCAAAAAUAAUAUAAGCGAUCUGAAUGAGAUAUGUACACUUUCAAAUCUGUGCAAUCUUCAUAGCAUAACAAUCAAUGAGAAUCCUUGUGUUUCAAUGACUGCUGGACAGGAUGGUUUCAAUCACCGACCUUUUGUACUCAAUUGGUGCAUGAGUGUUAAAGUCAUCGAUGGAUUUAUGGUUGAUCCUAUCGAAAGUCUAAAAGCUGAAUGGUUAUAUAGUCAAGGACGAGGGAGGCAAUUUCGGUUAGGCGAACAAGCAUCUCUUGGAAAAUAUCUUAGCACAGUUUGUCCAAUGCUUGGCAAAGCCUUAGAAAGCGAAAAUGAAAGGAAACUGCGAUUGAUUUUAAGCAAAGCCCAACAACAUCAAAGGCAACUACAAGAAGAGAUCUCUGAGAAUUCGACAACAUCUGGAAAUAAUUCACCAUCUUCGGGUAGAAAGAAACCAGCCAGUCGAAUUCAGUCACCUAGAUUUUCAAGAUUAAGCGGAAGACAAGGAUCACCAGAUUCAAUGGCAAGCAGCUAUCAUGGCAAUACAUCAAAUUCUUCAAUAAUUUCAAAUGAGCAAAUGUCAAAUGCAAGUCAUCUAUUACAAAUGACAACGUCACUCAUUGAAAAUAUCAAAAACGAUUCGAUUAUGACGCAAAGUUUUGAUUCAAAUUCAACAAAUUGUAAUUCAAAGGGAAAUACAACAUGCUCUUCGCAAGAUUCAACGCCUCGCACUAUUACACCGAAUCAAUAUAAUGAUCAACCAACAUCGACACCGCCCAUGGGUGGACCGCUAGCUGCUGCGUCUAAAAUGGUUCCAGUCCCAGAAACUCUAAUGAGUCCUGAUUGUUGUCCUGGAUCUGUAGCUCAUAGAGUAACUGUAUCCGCAAUAAACAAUCAAGUUCAUAAUUCAAAAGUUAACAAAAAUAAAGAAAAUAAAAUGAGUUCACCGAAAAUGCGCAGCCCCCACCUGAAACGCAACGCCGAACGCAGUCCAACACUAAGUCCAAGAAAACUAAACAACAAUGCAAAUUCAAUGCGUUCCAAUUUGAUCAAUGACAAUCAAAUAAAACAACGUCUAAUGAGUAAUUCUGUACAUGUUACAACACCGGAUGUCGGUUCGACUGGUGUUAGCUCAGAUGAUGAUAGUGAUCAUAUAAAUGUGGAUAAAUUGAAAACUAUUCGUAAUAAGGCUGCACAGAGAUGCCAACAACAAAAGGAAAUUGUUGACAUUUCAAAUGUAAAUAUCAAUCACGAAACUGAAUCCUCAGCUGUGGUAAUUCAAAAAAUCUGGCGUGGCUAUCGUACUCGCAAAAAAACCAAAGAUAUUGCUGAGAAAUUAUUAAAAAAACGAACCCAAGAAUAUAUUGAAUUAUUUUAUAGCAAACUAACUAAAGACAUGGAAAUGACCAAAGCGCAACUUGAAAAUGAACGAAAAAUCCAACAACUACAAAUGCAAGCUAUCAAUGCAUUGUGGAAGAAAGUUUCAACUAUGCAAGGUGGAACAGUUACUGUGUCAUCGACAAAUAAUGAAGCCACCGAUGCAGCGACAACAACAACAAACAAUCAGGAUGGAAAUAACCAGCCAAGUAAGACUGUUAGCUUGGACAAUAGUUCGACGGCAGUUGUUAAUGAUUUGGCAAAAACCUGCACUAUGCUUACAACACAGGUCCAACAACUUCAAGGAUCUAUGCGUGACAUUCUCAACUGCCUGACAGUAUUUUGCAAUUUGCCACAAGAAAAUCUCAAACAACUCAUUACCUCAUCUGCCACAAUACCAUCAGUCGAUGAUAAAAAAGACUCUGCAGCAACUCAAACAGAAAUCAUUGCCGUGCAUACACCGCAAAUUGAAAACCAAAGCAGUUUCCCAUUUAAAAUUCGACCUUCAACACUGCCUCUGGAAACAAAUGAAACGGCUGCAAAAAAUAUUCUAAAUCAGUCGAUAUCGGAAAACGAUGAAGACUCGCAGUGUGAAAAUUCGACGGCAAUACCGUCUUCAGCUGAGAAAGUCGAUGAAGAAAAAUCUGGAGCAGAAGAUGAGGUUGGCGAUUGAAAAUAAAUUAUCUACAUUUUGUUUUCCUGGGAAAAGUCUUUAUCGUUUGUUUGUGUUUUUCAUUUUGUUGUUGUUUUUUUUUUCUAAGUGAAAAUUUAACUUUCAUAUGAUUGUGCUAGAAAAAAAGGAGCUUAAAAAUCGUUUUGAACAUCGAGAUCACGCGCAUUACACACAUUCCAUUUUUGAAAAAAAAAAAAAACUACUCUCACUCAAAAUACACACUGUUCAGAAUCAGAACCCUCCCCAUUUCCCUCCAACAAAAAAAGUAUAAACUCAGUAAAAUAUAUUUCUUCUCAAUUCCCCAGAACUAAAAUAUUUUUAUCAAACUUUAAAAAAAAAAUUACCCCCUAAAGUUAAGUGUAAUUUUGAAAUAACAAAAAAUAAUACAAACAAAAAUAAAAAAAUAUAUAAAUAAUAUAUAUUUACGAAUAUUUAGUCCAUUAUGUAGGUGUAGUUGUAGUAUUUCUAGAACAAUUUUGCACACAACACACAUAUACACACACACAUACAUACACAGAAAAAAAAACACGUAUACUUCUUUUCACAAAAACGCCUGCGCAGUAAACUUAAAAAGUAAACUUAAACACAGCCACACAUGAACAAGAGACAACGAACAAAAAUUUGUAAAUUUUUGUUAUAAAAUAUGCUUUUUUUCAUUUUUGAAAAAUAAAAAAGUAUGGUUUUAUUUUAAUAAAUAAAAUUAAAAUUGUUCAAUGUGCUAUUUAUAUUUAAUAAAAAAAAUAUAUAAAUAUAAAUUAACUCUAAUAAAUUAGAGGCAAGUGCUUUUGUAAAAAAUUAAAAUACAAAUAAAUUAAAAAAAUUAACAUUUUUACACGUUUCGCUUUAAAAAUACUGUCAAUAAAAUAAAUAAAAGUGAGUACUCAACUAAUUAAAAAA